CUUCAACUUUUGCUCGUGAGUGUUGGUCAGGUUUGUGUGCAUACGCGUAUAAACUCAAACGGAGAAGUCAAAACUCCAUCUUGGUUUGUUUGCUUUGCUUUCUUGGUGUUGGCCGUGUAGUGGGAAAUAUUAAAAUCAAUAUUUUAUUCUCAAAAAUAAUAAACAAAUCAUUACAAAAUUCCUAGACUUUUUUCUUCUCUUUCUGGGUUCGUUGAACUAGAUUUAAUGUUGGCUUUGAGUCCGGAUGAGAGAGAGAGAGAGGAGACCCGAGGGAGCGAGGAAGAGAGAGAGAAGGGUGAUAUAUGGGGGUCUGGUGGGUUCUGACUCACUUUUCUUUCUGAUCUGCUUCUUCUAUGUAGUUGAAAGAAGUUCUCUGAAUUUAUCUCUGGGUACUGGGUAGCAUACGUGAAAAAUUCAUUUCCAAGUUUUUGGCAGACUUUCAUUGACUCAGCUAUAUUCACUUGUCAAGUGGACUCUAAUUUAUCAAAAGAUACUUACCAAGAAAAAAAAAGGUUUACCACAGAACAGAGAGAUUUGUCUGUAUGUUUUAAUUCCCAACUAACUGUUUUGGGGAUUAAAUGUCGUUCCGCAGUAUAGUUCGUGAUGUAAGGGAUGGUUUUGGGAGUUUAUCCAGGCGGAGUUUUGACAUCAGGCUGUCCAGUCAUCACAGGGGGAAGUCUCACAGUUCUUUUCAUGAAUUGACCGACCAGCCACUGGUAGUUCAGAACAGCCGCUGGGCUAACCUCCCUCCAGAUCUACUUUAUGAUGUAAUUAGAAGAUUGGAAGACAGUGAAAGCACGUGGCCAGCUCGAAAGCAUGUUGUUGCAUGUGCUGGUGUUUGCAAGUCAUGGAGACGUAUGUGUAAGGAAAUUGUUAGAGGUCCAGAGUUAUGUGGGAAGGUUACUUUCCUGGUUUCCCUAAAGCAGCCAGGAUCUCGUGAUGGAGCUAUUCAGUGUUUUAUCAAAAGGGAUAAAUCUAACUUAAUAUACCACCUUUUUCUGUGUCUUAGCCCUGCUUUACUUGUUGAAAAUGGGAAGUUUCUUCUCUCUGCUAAAAGAACUCGGCGAACUACUUUCACAGAGUAUAUUAUCUCCAUGGAUGCUGACAACAUUUCAAGAUCAAGCAGCACUUAUAUUGGAAAGCUGAGAUCAAAUUUCCUUGGCACAAAGUUCAUAAUAUAUGACACACAACCUCCGUAUACCUGUGCCCACAUCCCCCAACCUGGGCGAACAAGCCGUAGAUUCUAUUCAAAAAAAGUCUCCCCAAAAGUUCCAACUGGCAGCUACAACAUAGCCCAGAUCACAUAUGAGCUGAAUGUGCUUGGUACACGAGGUCCACGAAGGAUGCACUGCAUCAUGCACUCGAUCCCCACUUCUUCGCUUGAUGCAGGUGGUACAGUGCCUGGCCAACCAGAGCUUCUAUCCCGCUCCCUUGAGGACUCAUUUCGUAGCAUUUCCUUCUCAAAGUCUCUGGACCACACUGUUGAGUUUAGCAGCUCACGAUUUUCUGAAAUUGGUGGAUCAUCAUCAAUUGAGGAAGAGGAUGGCAAGGUAAAACCUUUAAUUCUUAAAAACAAAGCCCCAAGAUGGCAUGAACAGUUACAGUGUUGGUGCCUGAAUUUUCGAGGACGGGUGACUGUUGCAUCUGUUAAGAAUUUCCAGUUGAUCGCCUCCACGCAGCCAGUUCCUCAAGCACCACCGGCUUCUCAACCGGCCCAAUCAGAUCAUGACAAGGUCAUCCUGCAGUUUGGCAAGGUUGGUAAAGAUAUUUUUACGAUGGAUUAUAGCUAUCCCUUAUCAGCAUUUCAGGCUUUUGCCAUCUGCUUGAGCAGCUUUGACACCAAAUUGGCUUGUGAAUAGAAAAAAAUAAGUAUGAUCAGUAGGGUGGGGGAGGCAUAGAAGUAGAAUGGCAUUGCCUCCUUUAUUUUAUCUUCUUGCCUUUCUCAUUUCAGAAUAGGAUGUUGUUAAUGCCAUUAUGUUGUUGUAAAACUCCAUUUUAAGUGUCCCUGUGCAGAUUACAGGGCCCCACACCACUGUAAACUCAAAAUCUUCU